UAUUGUGCGCUCUUAAAAUAGCGCUUUGAGCGCCCUGAUCCUGAAAUGAAACCCGUGGAAAUUCCCUUUCUUUUUCCUCGUACUAAGCUGACGAAAAUCCCUGUUCUUUUCUCUGUGCUCACUCUGGGCUGCGUGCAGCAAGCUGGGGAAGUGGGACCUGAGGGGCUGAAAUGCUUCCUUGUGACCCAGUGUAACCUGCCUUGGGGUCUGCCGGCUCUCCGGGGGUUUGUGGAUGUAAGAACUGCUGAUUUAUGGUGCAAGUAGUGGAGGAUAGAACUGAAAUUUGAACUGCUUUGCUUGACAAACACUGUUCUGCUUGUGUGCUUACUGGAUAUUAUAUGAGUUAAGAACUAAUCUAAGGUGGAUUUGCAUCAGUUGAGAAGUUUGCAUUGAGUUUUAGUAUGCUUCCUUGCUUUAGUGAUCAGAAUCUGUUGAUUUUGGAUGAAUGUACUUACAGUGAUUUUUCUUCUAAUCACAGCUCACAUUUUCAUGUGUCUGUCUGAGCUCUCAUUUUUUCCAGUCUAAUUUGAUGACACUGUGCAUUCAAAGCGAGACAGAAACUCUUUAGAAGACCCAGGCAAAAUUUGAGUUGUGAAAAACAAUUAAUAAUAAUUGUAGGGGGACUGACACAGAAAUGAUAUAGUAAAUUACUUUAAAAUUACCCACGUGGAAAAGAACGAGAUUAGAACCUUCAGUGUUGCAGGCUUUCUUUGAUAAAAUCAAAAUAUUUGUUAACAACUUAAGGCUUUUGCCAAACAAGUUAGUUGAGUUCCAGUGUCUGUGCUGGUGCCAGAACACCUCUGUGGUCAGCUCUGAGGAGGUGCUACAGCAGGAACCUCAAACUUGCUCACCAGCUUUGCCCAAAACAUUGAACUCUGGCCAAAAGGCACUUCCCACCUGCUCACUCAGGACUCACCACAGGUGAGGUGUCUGUGUGUUUAUGUGUAGCUAAGCCUCUUGCCUAGGAUUGACCUAAAACUUACCUGUCCAAUAGGGCAAGGAUAUGCCAGCCUGCUUCUCAUUAGUUGACCGUAAUCAGUGUUUAUUUUUGAUCAGCAACUCUGACGUGCUGGUUGAGUUCCCAGUGAGGUUCCUGCUGGCUUGCAAGGGGCUGGUGGUGCUGCCAUGGUUCCAAAACAGCACUGAGCAAAAGCCAUUGCUGAGCCAGGUCUGCUUCCCUCCUCCUCUUCCUCUCGGUGCUGUAAAGCUCGUGGGACCUGAGGCUGCUCACAGGCAGGGCUGGUGGCCCUGGGCUGGCUGGUGACACUCCAGUAGCAGAAUUGGUUAUUAAUCCCAGCCAAGGGCCUUUCAUGGCAGGGUAACAGCCAAGCACUUUGUGUAAUAACUCUGCCCUGAGAAAUCCAAGCGAGGAGUUGAUGACUCCUCCCUGUCUUCCUGCAUCCCUAAAGCUCUCGUGAGUGAAGCAUAGCUGGGUUCCAGCACACCUCUCCACCCCUCCUUCCCCUGUGCUGGUCAGCACGUCACUCUUGUGACCUCUCCAACAUCCCUGGGCUGUUCUCAUGCAGCUGAGCAACAACUUGCAGUUACUCAUUCUGUGCUCUAAUGCAGGUAGAGCUGGUAGAAUGGGCUACAAGAAGAAAUAAGGGUGAGUUCUAUCCCCCUGAUUUACUCCAAGAUCAACAUUUGGGAAGCUGUAGGACAAGUGUUUAGUAUGUGUGAACCUGCUUCAGUAAAAGGCAAAGGCAAUAAUGAAAGAUCACACAAGAAAUAAGUUCAGAGCCUUUUCAUAAUGGAUUCAAACAGCUGGCAGCCUUUCCUCUGGGAGCCAAGUGGUCCCUCAGCCCUUGGUCCCUCAGCUGAGUGUCUGAGGUGUGCACAGGCUGAAGUGCCAGCAGUGGUGGCAGUAAAGGUGCCUCGGCUGGUGUAACGGCAGCGUGCUCUGAGGAUGUGUGCAGUGGCUGGGAGGCGUUGACUCAUUGGCCUCAGCAGGAUCCCUGGCAGCGUGUGCUCGGGGCUGUGACAGCAAAGUCACCAAAGGGCAGUGGUUCCCUGCCAAAGGGCAGUGGUUCCCUGCCUGCUGCUUUCCUCGUGGCACUCCUGCGCACAGGCUCAGCCUGGGGCAUCUUCUGCGUGGGAGAGGGGAGUGGGUGAGGACAAGCUGUGGGAGCUACUGGGCUGUGGGGUUUGUAGCCCCAUGCCAGCUGGGCUGAGGGGUUUGGGAUCCUGGUGCCAUAUUGACAGGUGGAAUUGGAAUGGCAGAGCAGGUCCUUGUGGGAACUGGAUGAACAAAGCUGCUGGUGUGUUUAAAUGGACAUGGAUUCAGUGGAGAUGGAAAUAGGGUUAGGAAUACCACCUUUUAAUUAAUGGCUGACAUCUAAUCAUCUUGUAGAUCAGCUUCAUCAAUUCACAAUCACAUUAAAGAUCCCAGUACUACUAAAGAUUUGUUUUGGCCAGGUAGCCCUUUCUCCCAGCAGGAUUUCCCUUUGGAUGGAAGCCCUUUCCUGUUUGGCUUACCCUGCUAAUGCAGGGAAAGUGAACAACAGGCUGGUCCACGGUGACCUUACAGUCAAACACAAAGCCAUGCACAGGGAGGAUGGGUUGUGUCUUCUGAGGCCAAAACAAGCCCUAGCAUGGUGGGACAGACACACAGCUAAUAGUCUAAGCUAAAGAUGGCUUUGAAUAUUUUUAAUUUGGCUGUAUCUGCAUGGCGUUAUCAAUCCUGUUCUUGUUCUGCUCUCAGUUUCAGGCAGAGAUGCCUCUAGGCAGAUCUGUAAUUAAAGGCAACUUUCCCUAUUCCUUAGCUUGCUUAUUUAGCCCCUUACUAGAUGGAGUAGAGACAAAUCGAUUCCAGAUGAAGGCCUGAGACAAGAAAGUAGAGAUGGAGUUUCUUUGCCCUUAAAUACUUUGAUAGAGACACUUUUUGUCAGGAAAGUUACAACCUGUGCUUUAGUUGACAUCCAAAGCUGUGGCAGAGGUAACAGAAUCAUAGAAUGGUUUGGGUUGGAAGGGACCCUAAAGGUCACAAAGUUCUAAACUGAUCCAUGGGAAGGCAUGCCCGUGAUCAGGUCAGGUUGCUCCAAACACUUCCAGGGAUGGGACAUCCACAGCUUCUCUGUGCCUGCGUUCCACCACCCUCUGGAGUUUGUCCAGCAUAGAAAACACUGGAGGUGCUAGGCUGAAGCAGCGGGAUGCACACAAGCCUCAGGAUUCACAUCUUCCACUCCACACAGCCCUGGGCAAAGGACUGCUGUUUGCUUUUUCUGCUGUGUCUGAGAAAGUCAGGGCAGGAGGUGAGGCUGUGCCUUCUUGCUGCUGCACUGGGGCAAAGCUGCAGCUUUGGGCAUUGCUGCACACACAGAGCACGAUCUGGCAUGUCCUCUUUAUCACUUGCAGAACAGGCUUCUUCAAAACAACCCGAAAUGACGCUGCUCCCUGAGCUGCUUGCAUAAUGGAAGAUCUUGAUGAGCUGAUUGCUGUGUUACUGAAAACAAGCUGUAAUCUUAUUAGCAAAUUGUGGCACUGCCAUCUUAGCGAUUCUCCCUGGUGCUGCAGAGACAGACCUUCAACUGUGCCAUCCCACGUGGGCAAAGUCCUUGAUAAAAUGCCUUAAUGGGGACAUAAGUGGGGGUUGGCAGCAGUGCUGGAUAAAAUAGCCUGGGCUAAAAGCUCUGUGACUUCUCACAGGGGAUACUCUCGGUGAAACUACUAAAUAUGUGAGCAAAUCUCUGGGCAGAGGUAUGCAGAGCUACAUCAGCAGUGGCAGACUAGUGCUAAAAUUGCUUUAAUUCUGGCUCUAGCUGCUUUGGUUGAGUUAAGCCGGGGAAAGGAAAGCAUGCAGCAGACAUUGCCCUUGGAAAAUGAACCAGCUUCCUCCAAAGAGUGCUGUGGCAUCCCCGGUGUCAGAGAGCACAAAUUCCAGGCUGGAGACUUUGGACAACUUGUCAAUGGACAGCUUUUGGCUGGAAGUGGAGAACAUUAAACAGAGCGCUGAAGCCGAGCAGGAGGAAUGCAGCCUUGCAGAUGUCAAAACACAGGAGGAGGGAGAAGCCGAGGCCGAGUGGCUGCAGGACGCGGGGCUGUCUGAGCUCCUGGGGGAGCCGGCGGGGGACAAGGACAACCUGGUGCUGCUGUCCACGCUGACCAGGACGCAGGCGGCGGCCGUGCAGCGCCGGCUGGACACCUACUCCCGCUCGCGCCGCAGGAGGAACAAGCACCCCGUGCGCGACGUGCGCGACGUCUUCGCCACGGGCAGCUCCCAGGACCCAGCAGCAGAGAAAGAGGAGUCCAGCCCAGAUCCACUGUGGCACAAUCUACGGACUUCAAACACCCAGAGAACAGAAACCCAGGAUUAUUCCUGCACGGUUCGAAACCCUGGGAAGGAGGAGGUGUUCAACAUGGAUGUUGCCUACUCGGAGCAAGCAGCUGUCCUGCUCAAGGGAUCCUUCCUGUCUGAAUCCAGGAAGUUAAAGGAUGGAAAUGCCCUAACAAGAUUUAAGAUCCCAAAGGGCAGGCUAGGAGUGACCAGGAUUGGAGAUCUGUCAGCUCAGGACAUGAAGAAAAUCCCCACACUGGCCCUCAUUGAACUGACAGCUCUCUGUGAUAUCCUGGGCUUUGAGCUGAAGAGAAACAAAGCAGCAAAACUGAAAACAACAGAGAAAAGACUCUUUGGAGUUCCACUCAACACCCUGUUGGAAAAUGACCAAAAGCUGCUGCCCAACACCAAGGUCCCUCUGCUACUCCAGGCACUGCUGUCCUGCCUGGAGAAGAGAGGACUUGAAACAGAGGGCAUCCUGAGAGUUUCUGGGUCCCAGACCAGAAUUAAGAGCCUGGAGCAGAAGCUGGAAAGGGACUUCUACAGUGGCCUGUUCCGCUGGGAUGAUGUUCACCAGAACGACGUGUCGGGGCUGCUGAAGAGAUUCAUCCGCGAGCUGCCGGCCCCGCUGCUGACAGCAGAGUACCUGCCUGCCUUUGCUGCUGUUCAGAAUAUUCCAGACCUGAAGCAAAGAUUGCAAGCUCUAAACCUCCUGAUCCUGAUUCUGCCAGAGUCCAACAGAAACACUCUAAAGGCCCUUCUUGAGUUCCUCAGCAAGGUGGUUGCCAGGGAAAAAAACAACAAAAUGAACCUCUGGAAUGUUUCCACAGUCAUGGCCCCAAACCUCUUCAUGCACAAGGGGCUGCCAAACAAGAUCCCCGAGGGGAAGGAGAAGCAGCUGGCGGAGGGGGCGGCUGACGUGGUGCGGAUGAUGAUCCAUUACCAGGAUCUGCUCUGGACAGUCUCCUCUUUUCUGGUGGCUCAGGUGAGAAAGCUGAAUGAGAGCAACAGCAAAAGGUACCAGUUCUGUGACAAGAGGAUUAAAAAUCUGCUGCGGAAGAUUCACACUGAUAAAGACAAGGUGGAAAAGAACCAGGGAGAGCCUUCCAAGGUUGUGAAGGCCCACGCAUCGCUCCUCCUGAAGGACUCCCUGGAGGUGCACUUGAACAAUGCAACCAGGGUUGCUGAUGUCUUGAGGCAGUUUCAGAAGAACCUGUGCCAGUAUGGCUGGAAUAUUGUUAACACUGUCAACCUCCUCAAGUGUAACAACUCCACAGAGUGCACAAACUUGCUGCUGUAUGAAGUGGGAGGCAAUAUUGGUGAACAUUGCCUGGACCCAGACACUUACCUCUUGGACUUGUACCACAUCAACCCCCAUGCUGAGUGGAUAAUUAAGCAAAACCCAUCUUAUCCUCGGAUGUUCUAAGGAAAACACGAGCAAAACAAAGCACUUGGUUGCAGAUUUUGGAAGGUGUGGAAAUAGAAACUUUCCUGUUGUAGUGUCAGAGCAGACACUGCUUGUUUCUUGGAAGGAAAAGCACCUUUAUUAACUGCUUCCACGGCAGCUGGCAGUGAGAGCACAGGGCCUGAAACAAACAGCAAUUAUCAUUGUGUAGCAGAGUUUGCAGGGGGAAUGGCUGCUCCUAAACAAAAUAUCCCCCCCCAAACAAACCCUGAAGGCAAAGCUGCAGUGGUUGUGCAGCAAAGAUGGAACAGAAGAAGAAGAGGAUCAUUUUGAAUAUGGUGGAAGGCAUUUGUGUAUCCUGGAUUUGCUCUUCUUUUGGAGGAGAGACAGUCAAAUGCUGCAGUGGUACUAAGGACAUCCCUUGGGUAAGGUCCAUGGUUGCCUGUGGCGUGUCACCAGAGGAGUUUAUGAUCCUGGCUAUUAAGCUCCUGUUCCGUUCUUUGAAGAAUUAAAAAGGAUGUUUCCAAAAAGGCCAGCUGGGAUGUGACACCAACACAUCAUGUAUUUCAUGACUGCAGUUGAAUACAUACGUGCAACACAAGAAAAUAACUUUCCUUGAAAAAAAGGUAUGGAAAAUAGAGCAGCCUUUCAGAUGUGCAGUGUGACAGGAAGGUGCCUGUCCCAUGCUGGUAAUGCACACCCAGAUUGCCACUGAUGAGGGUCAAACAUGCAUUUAUUUGGAUGGACAACCUAUAUAUCAAAGGCAGCACAGGAAAUAUGCUGAAGCUGAUGUGAGGUUGGUAAUCUGACCUGGCCACGUGAACUGAACUUCUGUGUGGAAAUUCUGUGUGAAUGUGUUUGUUCAAAAUCAACAAGCCUGCCCUGAGACGCGGGGUGGCUGAGCUGAGCUGAGCUGAGCCCUCACUGCUCUGGCUGCACAUUUCCAUUGCACUCAGCACAGCGUGGUCACUGUGGGCUGGACAGUGAGGGUAGAGCAGAACACUCAUGCCUUGCUGCUGCAUCCUCAUCAUCAUCAUCAUCAUCAUCCAACCUCAGCUCCAAGAGCACCAUGCCUGUGAGGAGGGCUCAGAACUGUUGCUUUCCUUCGUGGUGAUGCUGAAAUACCUCAGUGAGGGACCCCACAGUGCAGUGUGAGAGGUGAAACACCCAGACUGUCUGGAAAUGUGGACUUCUUUCUAUAAAUACAGUUUUUAAACAUGGUUGGAUAUUUAUUCAUGUGGCAGAAGCAGGGCUGCCCUGCAAGUGUAUACUCAAAGUAUUUCAUUUGCCAAAUCCCAGCUGCACUAGUGACAAUCUCCAGUAUUAUUUCUUUUGGUAGAAGAGUUUGUUUCCAUUGCAAUCUGCAUUUUCCCUCCUCUCCUUUUUUUUCCCCCAGGAUGAAGUGUAGCUUUGUUCCUCAUUCAUUAUCUCAAACUCCUAGAUUCUGUUCUUCACUCUGUGAUUAUUCUGUCUGUGGGGUUAAAUCCUCUUGGUGGUUGAGAACCUUGAGGAACAGGUGAGCCACAGUCCAUAUCCUUUCCAGCUUUCUGUGAAUUCUGUGUGAGUGGUGCAGAUAUCUUAAAAUCAUUCCUCUAUUAGAGACUCUGUCAAUUAUUUUUGGUUGAGAUGAUGCAGAUGCAUUGACUGGCUGGAUCACCUUCAUAGAUGUCUUCUUAAGAACCUGCAAUAGACCCUCCCAACCCUCACCCAAGUGUCAACAAUUCUUGAGAUGCCUCUUUUAUAGGCUUAAAUUGUGCCUGGAAGAGCCUGAUUCUUUUCCUUGAGACUGGGUGAUUUAUGUCUCUGGAAAGAUCAAGCUGCUUUAAACUGGGGCUUUAAAAACCAAAGGUACCUAUUCAGCAUCCCUUCUGGAAUUCUCUCUGGCAGUGAUGGAGUAAAGAUGGCAAAGAGGAAAUGCCAGAGGUGUGAUACCCUGAGAAGUACCAAAGGUAUCGCUGUGAGCUCAAAGUUCCUUUGCAAGCUGAAUUACACCCUGCAGAUCACACGGUGCUGCAUUUUUUCCACCCCUCACAUGCUGGUUUAUUAAAUAUUCUGUCCGUGUGUAUGGAGGGGUCAAGACUGCAUCACUGCUGCUGUGAACUACAAAUGAGUGGGGUUUAUUGAACACCAAACAAUGUGAAUCAGUGCUGUGAAAACAAGGUUAAUGGGAGAUUCUCAUGAGACAAAUAUCAGGUUUAAAUAUGAAAGGAAAUGUAAAAAAAAUAAAAAAAUAAAACAAAAUAGCUCUUUCCAGAUGAUGGAUAUGCUUUUAAAUUUUUUUCCUAUCUUUGUAUCAAAAAGUGUAAAUUUUUCAGUCAAUGAUGUGCAACACACUCCUUGAAGGAUGGCUUUUAAUACCUUUUAUUUUUUAUGAUUUUUUAAUUCUGUAUAUAAAUUUCAUUUAUUCGGUGAAACAAUAAAAAUACAGUAAAAUCUC